CCACUAGUAACUUUCCAGUAAAACAACCAAAGUUCUAAUAAUUCAGUAAACAAUUGAAUAUAAAAGGGAUCAGACGAAGGCUCCUAGUCAAGAACUGCUGUCAAUAUACAUACAUACAUACAUUUAUAGGUAAAGAAGAAGUAAAAUGAAUCCAGAACCGAAGCCGGAAAGUAAAGAAUCUUCAGAAUCGGUAGAGUCUGACGAGGAGCCCACCUAUAAAAUCCUCGUUACACACCCCGAAGUGCCCAAAGAUGCUUUGGAACUAAUGAGUGUUUGUGAAUUGAUUAUGUGCCAGAGUUUGCCGCCAAACCGCACGGAAAUCUUAGAAAAGGUUAAAGGUGUUCAUGGCAUAUUUUGGGGUGGCCAUGAUGCUCUGAAUGCUGAAGUUUUGGUUGCUGCUGGUCCCCAGUUGAAAUCGAUUUCAACCAUGUCGGCUGGUAUUGAUUAUGUGGAUGUGGAUGAGCUAAAGAAGCGUAAAAUUCCUUUGGGCCAUACACCCAUCGUUUUGAAUAAUGCUGUGGCAGAUAUAGCCGUUGGUCUAAUGUUGGCCGCUGCCAGACGUUUCCAUGAGGGUAGAAAUAAGAUUGAUAGCUCAACUUGGGAAAACUAUCAUUUGGAAUGGAUGUGGGGUCAAGAUAUUCGCGACUCUACUGUGGGUUUCUUUGGUUUUGGCGGCAUUGGUCAGGCCAUAGCCAAACGUUUGCAUGGUUUUGACAUCGAACGUGUACUCUACACCACCCGCAAACCCAUUUCUAAGGCUUUGGAAAAGCAGUUUAAGGCUUCCAAGGUUCCAUUCCAUGAACUGUUGGCUGAAAGUGACAUUCUUUUCAUUGCUUCCCCCUUAACGGCUGAAACUCAGGGAAUUUUCAAUUCCACUGCUUUUGCUAAAAUGAAGAAAAAUGCUGUGUUGGUCAACAUAGCCAGAGGACAACUAAUCAAUCAAGAUGAUUUGUAUACGGCAUUGAAAUCUGGACAAAUCUUUUCUGCCGGCAUUGAUGUUAUGACUCCUGAACCUAUGCCCGCCGAUCACAAGUUGUUGACUUUGCCUAAUCUGGUUGUUACCCCACACAUUGGCUCGGCCACCAAGAGGACGCGCACUGACAUGGCCGUUAUUGCGGCACAUAAUGUAUUGAGAGGCAUUGCUGGAGAGCCCAUGUUGUCGCCAGCUUAUUAAACAACAACAAUUUCUUUACAACAAACUAUUUUAAGAAUGGCAUGUAAAUAUGAAAAAUAGAAAAAAAAACUGGACCAGUUUAUUUCUUGAAAUAAAAGUAUUGAACAAUAAAAAAAUUAAAGUAAUCUGAUCAUUUAUAAAAA